AUAUAUAUAAAAAAAGAAAAAAGAAAAAAAGAGAUGAUCCUUCCCUUGUUCAUGUCUCUCUUCACUAUUUUCGUAGCUGGUGUUGCAUCUUCCUCAUGCCCCAUGGAUCUCACCUAUGUUGAGACCAUUCCUUGGAACACUUCAGUCUGCAGAGACCCAAUUGACAAAGAUUCCUGCUGCCAAACUCUGUCCAGUAUCUACGCCAUAGGCCUUGCUGAACGCCUCAAAGAGAAUUCCAUAUUUUACCUUCCUGAUGUAAACACUUCCUCCACUUGCUUAUCUGACUUCAAAGAUCACCUUGCAGCUUUGUCAAUCCAACCAAAGAUGGUGUCUCUUUGCUUCCCUAACCCCACCCAGUUUGUUACUAACUCUUCAGCUUGUGCAGGUAUUAGAACUACACAAGAUUGGAAGCAAAAGGUGGGCAUGGUUACCCCAUUAGAUACAUCUUGCAAUGGGGACCUCAAAGACCAAAUUCGAUGCAGUGUUUGCUCGGAUGCUGCCAUAAAUUUGAUUUCCAAGUUAACAACUAUUGCCCCAAAUGCUAAUGCCACAAAAUGUUUUUACUACAUAGUGUUGUAUGCUGCUGCUGUUGUUAAUCCGUUUGGAAUAACAGAUGUAAGCACGACAAGUUGCAUACUAGGCCUAGCGCAACCGUCCAGUGCAGAAAUAAGGGGGUCAUCAAAUAAGAGAGGAAAAGUGAUGAAGCUGGUUUUUUCGCUAUUUGGUGCUGUUAUUGGUGUUUUGCUUGCUUUUGCACUGAUGGUGGUCAUGUACAGGAAGUGGGAAAAGAGAAGAAAGGAAAAUGUUCAUCACAGGGAAGUUGAAAACGAGGUCAAGGCCUGUGUUUUGCCUAACACUGGUGCUAAAUGGUUUCACAUAUCAGAGCUUGAACGUGCCACGAGUAAAUUUUCAGAUAGCAAUAUGAUUGGCCGUGGUGGUGAUGGAGUUGUGUACAAAGGAACUCUUUCAGAUGGAACUGUGGUUGCAAUUAAGGAAUUUUUUGAUUUGGAAACUAAAGGGGAUGAAGAUUUCUGCAAUGAAGUGGAGAUCAUAAGCAACAUAAAGCACAGGAAUCUUCUUGCUCUUUGGGGCUGUUGCGUCACGAGUGAUAAUUUGAAAGGUAAGAGGAGGUUUCUGGUUUAUGAUUUCAUGCCUAAUGGUACUCUCAGUUACCAAUUGUCUCUUACUGGGGCUAACAGGCUAAAGUGGCCACAAAGAAAGAACAUAAUCCUUGAUGUGGCUAAGGGGCUUGCUUAUUUGCAUUAUGAAAUCAAACCCCCAAUUUUCCAUCGUGACAUAAAGACUACCAACAUACUUUUGGAUUCCAAAAUGAAUGCUAAAUUAGCAGAUUUUAGCUUGGUCAAACAAGGUCGUGAGGGCCAGUCUCAUCUCACCACAAGGGUUGCUGGCACAUAUGGUUACUUGGCACCAGAGUAUGCUCUAUAUGGACAACUAACAGAGAAGAAUGAUGUGUACAGUUUUGGUAUUGUGAUUCUGGAAAUCAUGAGUGGUAGAAAAGUUCUUGAUAAUCUGAAUUCAUGUGCGGAUUCAAUCACGGAUUGGGUAUGGACACUUGCGGAAUCAGCAAUGAUGGAGGAAUUUUUUUAUGAUCCAAUAAGAGGUGAAGGGCCACAAAAAGUUAUGGAAAGAUUUGUUCAUGUUGGAAUGCUAUGUGCUCAUGCAGUAGCGGCGUUAAGGCCAACUAUUGCUGAGGCGCUUAAGAUGUUAAAGGGUGAUAUUGACAUUCCAGAAUUACCUAACAGGCCAGUGCCACUAGGUCAUGCAUCCUUUCAGUCUUCUCUAUUGAAUGGUUUGCAAAAAAGUGAUUAAAGAUCUGUGUCACUUAUUUCAAGUGUUUCUUCCUACACCCCCAUAAAAAAAGAGAUACCCCUUUAUGUACCCGACCCCAACCCCGAGCCUAAUGCGGAAUAUAAAAAGUUACAUUCUGAAUAGGAUAAAUAGUCAUUUUGGUCUUUGAAUGUGUAAAUUGCUGACAAACUCAUUCUUAAAAGAUAAAAAAUUAAUUUUUAAUCCCCGAAAGUGUAAAA